CCGGGGAGAGAGAAGGGGUCUAUUGCUCACGCCCAGGGCGCCGCGCCCGGAGCCGGAGGAAUGCCGCCCGGCGUGUCGGAAACUGUGAAGCGCGGCCUUCGGCGGGCUCCUCGCCGGAAGCGGAAGCUCGGGGGGCGGGCCAAGAAAGCCCGGGAGUCCAAGGCGGUUAAUUCUUCUCACCGUAGCGCUUCGCUUCCCGCGGGCAGGGCUUCUCUGAGGCUGCGAGAGAUGGUCAGGUCCGGAUCUCGACCGGGCCAGGUAUUAUCUUCAGGAAAGCAUGCUGUACCUGCUAAAUUAACAAGUGGAAAGAAAGGGACCCAUUUAAGAAAAAUAGCACGUUGUAAUGCAGAUUCUGGCUGUUGCAUCUAUUCUGAUUCGGAAAGUCAGGCUGAAACUGUGCAGGGGCUUGAUGGUUGUGCUUCUUUGCUACGGGACAUUUUGAGAAAUGAAGAUUCAGCAUCUUCAGAUAAUAGGAAACAGAUACCUAAUGAAGCUUCUGCUAGAAGUGAAAGAGACACAUCAGACACAGCCCAAAAUUGGUCAUUGCAAGAUCACUAUAGAAUGUAUUCACCCAUAAUAUACCAAGCCCUCUGUGAGCAUGUGCAGACUCAAAUGUCAUUGAUGAAUAAGUUGACUUCAAAGAACAACCCUAAUGGAAUUCCUGCUGCACCAUGCCAUUCUGUGUCUGGUUCUGAAUCUCAGGCCGCUCCACAUUCUGGUCAUUCUGGUUAUGGGUUAUAUACUUCCACCCCCGUCUGGUCACCUCAGCAACUACCCUGCCCUCCAUUAGUUCAUUCUGAAGUUCAAACCGAUGGUGACAACCAAUUUUCAUCACAAGGUAAAACAAUUUCUGUGAACUGUAAUGAUGUUUUGAGGAAUUCACAUACCAGUCCUGGAGUUCUGUGUAACCUGCCCCAGAAUGACAUGUCAGCUAUUCCAACGUUUCAGCAGCUGGACCUUACUAAUGGGCUUCUGCCACAACAAGAAGUUCCUAACGAAGUAGACCUACUGAAGUGUUUUCAAACAUACAUGUCUUUGUUUCGAUCUCAUGGAAAAGAAACUCAUCUGGAGAAUCCAACACACCGAAGCUCCACUCAAUCACAGCCAGCUUCCUUGGCCACUAAUGAAGAAAAAUGUACCAGAGAACAAAUUAGAGAGGACACAAGUGAAGGAAAGGGUUUAAAUGUACAUGUGCAAGAUGCAAAAAUAGUCAAGGAUGUACAAAAGGAAAAAAAUGUGAACCAGACGGCUGAAAAAGUUAGAACUAUAAAGUAUUUGUUGGGAGAGCUCAAGGCCUUGGUAGCAGAACAAGAGGAUUCAGAAAUUCAGAGGUUGGCUACAGAAGUGGAGGCAUGUAUAUCUGUGCUUCCAGCAGUAAGUGGAAACACAAAUCUUCAAGUUGAAAUAGCACUGGCUGUGCAACCAUUAAGAAGUGAAAAUGCUCAGUUACGAAGACAGUUGAGAAUUUUGAAUCAGCAACUUAGAGAACAAGAAAAAACUCAGAAGACAUCUGGUACUGUGGAUUGCAGUCUUGAAUUGUUUUCUCUUCAGUCAUUGAACAUGUCUCUGCAAAAUCAAUUACAGGAGUCAAUAAAGAGCCAGGAACUACUACAGAGUAAAAAUGAAGAGCUCUUAAAAGUGAUUGAAAAUCAGAAAGAUGAAAACAAAAGAUUUACUAAUAUAUUUAAAGAGAAAGAUCAAACUAUACUUGAAAAUAAACAGCAAUUUGAAAUUGAGAUAACAAGAAUAAAAAUUGAAUUGGAGGAAGCCUUAGUCAAUGUGAAAACGUCUCAGUUUAAGUUAGAAACUGCUGAAAAGGAAAAUCAGAUACUGGGGAUAACAUUACGUCAGCGUGAUGCAGAGGUGACUCGACUGAGAGAGUUAACCAG